UUUACUUUUUAAAUAUCUUUUAUAUAUGUUUCAUAGGUCGACAGUAUGUUAGGAAGACGUGAGAACCCUGGAGAACAUGAAGCAAUGCGCAAAAUGAAAAAUGAAUUUAUGGUGAACUGGGAUGGUUUGCGUACAAAAGAUAAGGAACGUGUACUAGUACUUGGAGCAACCAAUAGACCUUUUGAUCUUGAUGAGGCUGUAAUUAGAAGGCUUCCCCGGAGGCUGAUGGUGAACUUGCCAGAUGCUCAAAACAGGGAGAAAAUUUUAAAAGUGAUAUUAGCCAAGGAAGAGUUGGCUCCAAAUGUUGAUCUUCAAGUAGUUGCUAACAUGACUGCAGGGUAUUCAGGUAGUGAUCUAAAGAAUCUCUGUGUGACGGCUGCACAUUGCCCAAUAAGAGAAAUUUUAGAGAAGGAGAAGAAGGAGAAGGCCUUGGCACUUGCAGAGAACAGACCAUUGCCUGAAUUGCAUAGCAGUGCAGAUAUUCGUCCCCUGAGUAUGGAUGAUUUUAGAUAUGCACAUGAACAGGUAUGUAUGUUUGUUUGCAAUAGGAAAUUUUGUUACUUCUGUUUUUGUCAGUGUACACGUGCCGUACUUGGUGAAUGUAAUCUUUGCUUUUUCUUGUUAAUCAACAGCAAUUUGCUGUUUAUGUAUGAUAGGGGGAAUGAAGAAUUUCUCUAGGCACGAUUCUUUUAU